CACUGUAAAGAUGUCUGAGCAGGCGGGGAGGGAGCGGAGCGGAGGACCCCGAAGCGACAGGCAGAGCCCGCGACUCGCAGCCUCUCAAACAGUUCAGGAUCAGUUGACGCGUAUGCCAGAAGGUGCUUGCAAAGUCAAAGUGAGUCGCAAGUCUCGUCGUCGUCGUCGUCGAGGUCGAUGCGAUUGUGACGAGGAGCCGAGAUGUCCAAUGAGAGCCAGGCAUCGCUGAAGGGGGAGGCGGCCGUGGUUCAUUCUCCCGCCGCGUCCGCCGCCACGCACGGCCCGCCGCUCUCGCCGUCCGCCGCCAAGCCGCCCGAACUGCCAGAUGAGCUGAUCCAGGCAGGGUGGUCCAAGUGUUGGUCUCGGCGGGAGAACCGCCCGUAUUACUUCAACAGGUUCACCAAUCAGAGUCUGUGGGAGGUGCCGGUGUUGGGCCAGCAUGACGUCAUCUCUGAUCCUUUGGGCCUGAACGCCGCUCCGGCAGAGGGCGCCGACGGGAACCUAGGCAACGGCCAGCGGAAAAGGCGGAGCUCUGAGGAGCAGGCGGCCGGGCCCAACAGUCUCAAAAGGGCCAAGGCCGAGCCCACCACGCCCAUCUCGCCCGGCGCGCCCGGCGCCAAACCCUGGAGCGCCGCCCCCGAUGACAAACAGGGCGCCACGCCCGGCCCCGCCCCCGCUCCCGCCCCCGCCCCCGCCCCCGCUCCCGCUCCUUACAGGCCGGCCGUCGUCUACUGGGAUCUGGACAUCCAGACCAACGCCGUCAUUAGAGAACACGCCCCUGCCAAACACCUGCCCCCCCACCCCGAGAUCGAGCUGCAGAGAGCUCAGCUGGUCACCAAACUGAGGCAACACUACCAUGAACUCUGUCACCAGAGAGAAGGCAUCGACCCGCCUCGGGAGUCAUUCAACCGCUGGCUGCUGGAGAGGAAAGUGUCGGACAAAGGUUCGGACCCCAUGUUGCCGAGCGACUGCGAGCCCGUCAUCUCGCCGUCCAUGUUCCGAGAGGUCAUGAACGACAUCCCCAUCAGGCUGUCUCGUAUCAAAUACAAGGAGGAGGCCCGGAAGCUUCUGUUCAAAUACGCAGAAGCGGCCAAGAAGAUGAUCGACUCCAGGAACGCCAGCCCGGAGAGCCGCAAGGUGGUCAAGUGGAAUGCGGAGGACACCAUGAGCUGGUUGCGCAGGGACCACUCGGCCAGCAAGGAGGACUACAUGGACCGUCUGGAGCACCUCCGCCAGCAGUGCGGCCCUCACGUGACGGCCGUGGCCAAAGACUCCGUGGAGGGAAUCUGCUCCAAGAUCUACCAGCUGUCCUCGGAGUACAGCAGACGCCUUCGACACACACACCUCAGCCUGCUCCAAGACCCGCCCACAGAGGCAUCUACGUCCUCCUCUUCACCUCCGCCGCCGUCGUCUCGCCUGGUGUACUGUUACCCGUUACGUUUGGCGCAGCCGUCGCCCGCGCUCCCGCGCGUGGAGCUUCACUUUGAGAACGACGUGGCCUGUCUGCGAUUCAGAGGGGAGAUGGUCAAAGUCAACAGGGGACACUUCAGCAAGCUGGAGCUGCUGUACAGGUACAGCUGCAUCGACGACUCUCGCUUCGAGAAGUUCCUGUCGAGGGUUUGGUGCCUGCUCAAGCGCUACCAGGUGAUGUUCGGCAACACCGCCAACGAGGGCACGGGCCUGCAGGGGACGCUGCCGGUGUCCGUGUUUGAGGCUUUGAGUCGUCAGUUCGGCGUGUCCUUCGAGUGUUUCGCCUCGCCGCUCAACUGCUACUACAAACAGUUCUGCUCGGCCUUCCCCGACACCGACUGCUACUUCGGAUCCCGAGGGCCCUUCCUGUCCUUCUGUCCCGUCAGCGGCUCGUUCGAAGCCAACCCGCCGUUCUGCGAAGAGCUGAUGGACGCCAUGGUGACGCACUUUGAGGACCUUCUGGAGCAGUCGAGCGAGCCGCUGUCCUUCAUCGUCUUCGUCCCCGAGUGGCGAGACCCCGUGACGCCGGCCCUCAAUCGCAUGGAGGCCAGUCGCUUCCUGCGCCACCAGAUGAGCGUGCCCGCCUACGAGCACGAGUACCGAUCCGGAAGUCAGCACAUUUGCAAGAGGGAGGAGAUGUACUACCGGGCGGCCCAUGGCACGGCCGUGCUUUUCCUCCAGAACGCGGCCGGCUUCGCAAAGUGGGCGCCCACGCCGGAGCGUCUGGCCGAGCUGACGGCGUCCUACCGCCCCUCGCGAGCCGCCGCCGCACCCGCCUUGGCCUCGCGGGGCCCCGCCAACCCGGCGGCGGCCGACCGAGACUCCUCAUCCGCCGCCGACGAGGCCGCUGCGGUCGUCUCGCCCGGUAACCAUGACAACAACAACAACAACAACAACAGCGGCGACGGCAGUCCGCGGGACGAGAUGGCCACCGUGUAAAGGAGCAUCUGUAUCACGUGCCGUCCCGCGUGCCGAUCGGUCGCUUGCUUUUCAGCAAUAACGGCUCCCGAUGCCACACCGGGCCGCUCGGGGAUCGGUUGACAAGGCAGCUAUCUUUUUCGGUUUCCUUUUUUGGACUUCAGUCACCCGGCCAAAAUCGGAAUCGGAAGCGGGCGAGCGGCCCCUUUCGCACUUGUUCACGCCCAUUUUCACCGCCUCUCUGUCCCGCGUGCGGAUGCGACCCGCACAUUUUCCGCCUUCCGACGACGUAGCAGAGAUGGAACGAGAGACCGUAGAGUGCAAAGUUUAACGCCUGACAUUUGCUUCUCUUCACUUGUCACCGUCAGUCAUCUCAUCAUCCGAAUGUGGGAAGUUGCAACGGCUGCGUGAAUGUGGACUACGCGCGCUCGAGUAGAUACAUUUCCACGCUACCGUUCCGCCGCUCACGCGCUGGCGUGAAGUACGCAACACCCAACGCGCGCCUCUCAAAGCGGUCGUCGCCGCCGUCCGACUGUGUGAAUGCGGGAAGCCGCCGUUGCCGUGCGCACUUUCCCGCUCUGCCGUCGCGCCGCUUUACGCUUCGUGCAAAAGGGGCUGCGCGGCGACGUCGUCGCGGGCGGGGGCGCGUUAACCGCGAUCGACGCGAGGACUCGUUCGCUCAUUUUGACAAUUUCCGACGAAUCGACUGACGACUUGACCCGGCUGUCACCACGGCGACGGCAAGCCGGGCCCAUUUCAAAACAAAUCGACGGAUACGUGCGUUACGAGAAGGCGCCGCGGUGGGCCGAGGACGCGACGGCUUGCUCGCCGUUGUGUAGAUGACGUAUAGUGAAAAGUGAUGCUCUUGGAUGCUUUUUAUUUAACAUCGUUUCUCUAUCAUACUGUUUACAAUAGUUUGUUCAGAACUAAACCAAAGUGUUAAGAAGGAAAAAAAAGUCUAUAUUGUAAACGUUGAAAGUGUGUGUUCGUGUGCGUCUGAAGUCAAAUCAGCAACUUUUCUUUUUUGUUUUUGCUGCAGACUCAGCAGUUCUGCGUACUUUGUUUCUUCGUGCAUGAAACGUUUUCUUUUCGUUUGUAGCGAGGACAAUGUUGAUUUGUUGUACAAAAGAAGAAGAAUAUGCAAAAACGUCCUCAUGUCAUUUUGGUCUCUGUAGCGCCCCCUUGCUUCUUUUCUGUGUUUUUGCUGCCAUUUCCUGCGGUCUGAGUCUUAUACUUUGGAUUUGAGUUUCUUUUUUUUUGUCGUUGUUAGCUGUCACUGUUUUCGCUAAAAUAGGACGACUGACCUUUUUUCCACUUUUAAAAUAAAAAAAUAUGCGAAAAACGAGAAGUAAACGACUUAGAUUUUUACGAGAGUUUUCACAAGAAAGGACGAGAAAGGAGACCGGCCGGGCCGGGCCGGGCCGGGCCGGGCCGGGCCGGGCCGCUCGCGUGGCGUCGACAUGUCCGUCGUGAUCUUACUGGAAACUGACGCCGGACGGCGGCCUAAUUCUUCUUCUCUUUUUGAUCUGCCCUCGCCAAAGGCGUCAUCUAAUUAGAUGAUUGAUGUGUGGUGUAAAUAGGAAACGUCGGACUGGAGAAUGUACAUCUGUGCUGUACGGACAAAAUGCAGUUUGACUCCCAGUAAAGAUAUAUUCCAUCCUU